UAAAUACUCUGAGUGGCUGUUCCCAGACUACAUUAUCCUUCCAUCCUGCUACACAGCCAGGGACCUGCUCUUCACCCACCUCAAAGAUACCAUCGCUUGCAGGGUCGAAGGUGCGCAUAGCAGAGCUGGUAGUGGAGAGAAUGCAGCAGUUCAAGAGAGUGGCACCCGAGCAGCUAAAACACAGCAUAGAUGAUAGUUUGCCAAAGUCUGUAGCCAAUGGGGAUUUCCCUGAUGAAAGCCAGGAGCAGAACCCACCAGAGAACGGUACCCACCAUCUUCCGUCCAUGGAACAUGACGGUGCUCUGGCUUUGGCUCUUCAAACCAAAGAGGAAGCUCUGGCAAGCCUGGAGGAUGCAGGCUUAUUUUUUUGUCAGAUCUGCCAGAAGGAUCUUUCAGCCAUGAACACAACGCGCCGAGAGCAGCAUGUUAACAGGUGUCUGGAUGAGAUGGAAGAAGCACAGAUGUCAUCCUCCAGCAAACCACUGGUCCCUGAAUGUCCCAUCUGCGGGAAGCAGUUCCAAACCCCACAGAGCCGAGUCAGUCACUUGAAACGCUGUGCUGUUGAGAUGGAUGUUCCUCCUAAGAUGCUUCUUCAGGCGGUGCAGUUGCAGGUGUCCACGCUUGGCGAUGCACCUCUUCAGCGUCCCAACAAUCAACCAAGCAGGUCAAAGCGAAAAGGUUCUUCCAAAGAGGACUCAGAGAAAAUGCAGAAGAGGGCCAAAAUGGAGACUAAGGAUGAAGAUUUGCUGGUUGCUAUGGCAAUGUCACGCUCUCUGUUGGAGCAAGAAAAGCAGGAACAAGCAAAAUCAGUUACAAAUGUGAAACCCGUGGCUGCUUUGCCAAUCAAAUGGAAGCCAGGAUCAGAGAAAAAACGGCGUAAAAGAGGCCCAACUGCACCUCCACCAUUACUGCUUCAGGAUCCAGAGAAGGCCCGCAAAAGGAUCCAAGAGCGAGUAGCUAUGCUGCUUGCAGAAGAGAUGGAAUUCCCUCCCACCCCUCAGCUUCCCACUAGUAGGAUUUUGGAGGAUAAAUCUGGGAAAGCAACCUGGCUCUUGCCUUUGUCCAAAGACAAGAAGUGCUUUUUAUGGAAUAUCAGUGCUCUGACAGGACCCUAUGACCCUGAGUCAUUCUACACUGCUGCGUUAACCCCUCCAAUUGUGCCUUGGAAACCUGUGCAGAAUCAUAAGCCAGAGAACCUUCUGCCAUCGGUGGAAUCUGAUCAGUCAAAAGUAUCCCAGCAAAUUCAGCCUGACCUCAGUUCUCAUGAGCCCACUUGCACAGAGGUUGGAGGCCAAAGUUCUGGUGAAUCCAAGUCAGGCCCUGAAGGAGAUGGGCAGUUUUUAUCUCACAGCCAGAAGGAUGUUCAGACCCUGCAGGACCUAGUUGAGUUGGCCAGGGAAGGACUUACCCUUACUCAGUGGAACCUUGAUGUUGACCAUGUUCAGGCAGCGAAGCAGCCAGGAGAACAACUGACUUCCAGUGAUAUUCCACGUAGUGGCUUUGUGUCCCCAUCCAAAGAGAAGAGCCUCCAGACGAGCAGCUGUAAAAGAUCCUCUCUCAGGUUGCUGGCUGAAGAUUUCAGUGCGAUGGUCAACAACCCCCACUUAAGUGAUGUCCAGUUCCAGGUGGACUGUGGGGAUGUCCUUUAUGCCCACAUGUUUGUGUUGUAUGCACGGUGUCCACAGGCUGUUCAAAUUGUUCACAGCCAAGGGUUCUUAGUGGAGGAGGAUGGGAAUGCGCAGACACGGCGUGUGCUGCUGAGUGACGUGACAGGGGAGGCGGUGUGUGCAUUCCUGCGAUACCUUUAUGCUGCUGAUGCUGACAUCCCUGCUGAGGUGCUGCCCCAGGUGGGGGCUCUGGCUUCCAGGUUCAAUGUGAGGGAACUGAUGGCAAAGUGUGAAAACAACACUGGAGAGAGUCAGGUGUCUUCUGGAGUGGAUUCAGAAGAUGAUCUUAUCUCUGUGAGGGAUGACAAAGAUUGUGAGGACAGAGCUGAGAACUUCCAAGACCUUUUGAAGUCAGUGUGGGUGGGUGAGGAUGAGGAAGAAGUGGCUAUGCUGAACCCUGAAUGCCAGAAGGAAGAUGACAACGGGGUGGGUGAACAGGAGCUGGAAGAAAUCUAUGAGUUUGCUGCAACUCAGCGAAGGAUGGUUCAAGGUGAAACAGAGGUGAGCGAGGGAACAGACUGCAGCAUCUGCAGUGAUACUGAGGCAGCCCAAGGUACAAACCAGCGAACUGAGGAGGAAGAGGUAAAGAGAUCUGAAUCUGCUUCAAUAAGCAACAGCUUCAAAGAUUUGAGGGAUGACAAUGAUGUGGAAAGAUCUAAAUGUGACUCGUCUGCACAAGAAGAGAAAAUGCAGACUAUAAAUAGGUGCAAGAGCGUGAAUGAUCCACAGACGACUUUUGUGCCUCACCACAGUGAACUUCAGAAAUGGGACGUUGCAUCCCAUGGUGCCACUGCUAAUGAAGGAGAGACUGUUAGGAGAUGUGAAAGUGUGAAGGAUUCCAAGUCAUCUCAGGUCUCACAUGAUGAGGCAGAUCACUGUGAAAAACCGUUUCCUAGCUUCCACAGUGAUACUAAUGUAGCUGAAAGUUAUGAACGCUUGUUUUCUGCAACUCAGAGAGAUAUCUGUGAGCCUUCCCCAAUGAAAGACGUUAUCAAGGAAUCAGGAAAGGCUCCUAGUGAAAACCAUGUUGAUGUUGAUGAUUCAGCUCUGUACAGCAAGUCACCAAAAGACCUCUCUCCACGAAGGAAUGGUUUUUAUGGGAGUCCUCCUCCCAAACCAUAUGUGCCCCUUUUUCCUGCUCUUGGCUCUUCACCUGCAUCUCCAAAAUCAGAGAGAAAGUUUGCCAGAGAACAUGUGUCAAGACCAAAGCAAAACGAAAAGGAAAAAUCAUUCCCUUCUGAUGAAAUACACUUUCAGAAAGCCAGCGAGCUGGAUACUACUUCAAGAAACGAGGACACAAUUUCUCCAGCAGAGCUUCCCCACACUGAUUUAAACAAGCAUACGUAUGUCCCCGUGUUGUCAUCACUCGUCAUCAGAACUCAGGAUACUGCAGCUCAGGGGAACAAAGAGGGUGAUGUCAUUGUUUUAUCAUCUGAAGAUGAAAUGGAGUUACAACAAGACAGGAAGUUGCCCGAGUCAGGCUCUGAUCUGACCAAAAUGGAAAUCCCUGGGCAACUGAAAUGUACAAAUGUAGAGCAAGGUCCUGAGAUACCAAAACCUGAACAUAACUCAUCAGUCACCGAAACAGAGCAGAGAACAAGCCAGAUCUCAUGUGGCAUUACAGAUACAGUGCAUAUAAGUAAUGAUGUAAAGAUGUCCACCGAAUUGCCUCUCAGCAGACAAGCAGAUGCUUGUAUAGAGAGCAAACAGAGUCCAAACCUGAGCCCUGAAAAAAGGCUCGGUCAUGAAAUGUCUUCAGGUACAGAUAGCUCCUGGUUAGUGCCAGACACACCGGUUCUGAGCAAAAGCAGAAGUUCCUCAACACAGACUCAGGUCACAAGUAUUAAUUCUUUAAAGACUCCGGGAUCUAAACUCAGCACAAAGAACUUGGCAACAGGUAAUAGUAACCAUGAAAUGACUGGAAAUUUGAUAAAAGUUCGCGAAACAACAUUGUCGGACAAACAUUUGCCUAUGGAGAAUUCAGUCAGUGAAAGAAGCCCUUCCAGCAGCCCAGCAGCAGGAUCAUUUUCCAAGAACUUCCCACCAGUUUCUCCAGUGGAUCCAGUUCUCCUCUCCCCUGGCCACACCAAUGUAAAAAGCAAAUGUGCCAAGAUCUCAUUUUUAUCCCAGCCUGUGCCUCUGUGCCAUGAGCAGUCAUUGGAAGAUAAAAGAAAUAUCAGUGUGGUUGAGGUAGAGGACAGCGAAAAGGAAAUAAGUCUGCCUUCUUUAAGUAGUAGCGUCUUGCUUUGUGAUGAGCCCCCAAUCCCCGUUAAUGACUGCUGGCAUGUUGAAUACGUGUCACCAGUCAAAGGUAACAGCCAGGACUCCAACCAGCUCAGCCAUGCAAAGACCAGCACUGCCAGCAGCCCCAGACCCAGCUCUUGGCAUGACCAGUGGGAGAGUCCAGUCUAUGUGCAGGAAAUUAAGGGCAGUACCCCUCUUCGAGGAAGUCCUGUUGGCAGAACAACUUUGCUCUGUCUUGAGAAGAGUCCUAUUGAGGCAUGUUCAUCAGUGGGCAGUAGACCGAGUUACUUGAACUCCAAAAUCUGGGAUGACUGGAAUGGACAAGAAGAGGAAGAUGAAUUUCCAGAGCUCCUUCCUCUGUCUCAAAGGUUGUCAGCUGCAGCAGGUGCCCGACAGACAGAUCCUGUAAAGACUCCUGAACCUUCCUGUCAGGAGAACGACAAGCCUCCCAGCACUCCAGUGACACCAAUGCCAGCUUACUCCAUCAUGGAGACCCCACAGCUGAAGAAGGAGUUGAGCAGAUUUGGAGUCCGUGCUCUCCCAAAACGCCAGAUGGUGUUGAAGCUGAAGGAGAUAUUCCAGUAUACUCACCAGGAUGUGGACUCUGACUUUGAGGAUGAAAUCCCAUCUUCCCAGCCUCCCCUGCAGAAGUCCCCAGCCAAACGCUCUAGGCAGUCAAAGGCAGACCGGACUGCAGGUGGAAAACGUGCCAAUGCCUCGAGGGCUGUGGGCAAAAAGAAGCAGGUUGCUACGGCUUCUUCAGUGCUCCCUGUGGGGAGGGCUGAUGUUGACCUUGUUGGAUCCCGUGAAACAGGCUGUGCAGCACCCAAGAAGGGAACUAAAAUGACACAUCACCCAGAAGGAGCCAAAGAGCAGAAAAGGUCGUCUGUAUCUCCGGAGAGAUGGUCUCUGGCAGCUGAUGGUGAGGAACCAAUGCUCUUAGCGUCGCAGGAGUCUGCAGUUUCUUCAGUGGAUGGAAGUGACAUCUCUUUUGAUUCACAGAGUUCUUUUGUGAAUGGAUUUGAAGCCUGUGCUUUUGCAUCUGAGGAGGAGGAGGAAGAGGAGCUUCCAGCAUCUCAGGCAGCAGCUCGGGAAGAAGCUAAGCUGGAGGCAGUAAGGUGCUACAUCCGUUCAAACGCAGCCCUGUACCACAAGAUUCUCUUUUAUGAGCCAAUUGAGUUGGCUGAGCUGCACACAGAGCUGAAACAGAAUGGCAUUAAAAUUUCCAAGGCAAAGCUGCUGGACUUUUUAGAUGCUCACUGUAUCACAUUUACCACAGCCGGAGCCCGGAAAGAGAAGGAACAGAGAAGACAGGGGAACAAAAAACAGAGGAGACGAUACUAAAUGGAGCCCACUCCUCCAUCGUGA